UAAUUCCUUCCCACUUCGCUAGUUUCAGGGCGGAACCCUUUUUUAAAGUUCUUCCUAGUUGGGACGUACGACCGAUUUCGUCAGCACAAUCCGGGAAGGUCAAUAUGGCGGCGGCCAUAAGGUGCCUCGGUGCAGUCUUGAUACGUCAUCAAAGGCCUGGUCUUGCCAAGAUGGUUUGUCAGACAUCUCUUUAUCCCUGUUCCAUUAACAUCCAGGUGCCCAGCAGGCAUUUUGCUGCUGCUGCUACAAAGCCUGCAAAGAAAACGAAAAAAGGUGCCAAAGAAAAAACGCCAGCUGAAAAACAAGAUGAGAUAGAAAAGCUGAAGUCGUAUGUCUACAUGGAGGGCGAACCUGCAGAGGAUGUCUAUUUAAAACGCUUGUUCCCCAGGCAAAUCUAUGAGGUGGAGAAAGCUGUUCAGUUACUUAAGAAAUUUCAGGUUCUGGACUUUACCAAUCCCAAGCAAGGGGUCUAUCUUGAUUUGACCCUAGACAUGUCCCUGGGGAAGAAGAAAAGAGUGGAGCCAUUUGCCAGCGUUGUUGGUUUUCCAUACCCAUUUGCUUCCGAAAUCAAUAAAGUUGCUGUAUUUACAGGGAACCCAUCAGAGAUUAAAAUAGCCGAAGAGAAUGGAGCUGCUUUUGCAGGAGGAGCUGAUCUGGUUCAGAAGAUUCUGGAUGAUGAAAUUCAAGUAGACUUUUAUAUAGCUAUUCCAGAAAUGAUGCCUGAACUUAAUCCAUUAAGGAAGAAACUGAAAAAAAGAUUUCCAAAACUUACUCGGAAUUCCAUUGGCCGUGACAUUCCCAAAAUGCUUGAGUUAUUUAAAACUGGACAAGAAAUUGCAGUAGAUGAAGAAAGGGAGAACUUUCUCAAGACCAAAAUCGCGACAUUGGACAUGUCAAGUGACCAGAUAGCUGCAAAUUUGCAAGCAGUUAUUAACGAAGUGUGUAGGCACAGACCACUGAAUUUGGGGCCCUUCGUGGUACGAGCUUUCCUUCGAAGCGCCACAAGUGAAGGUUUGCUGUUAAAGAUCGACCCAUUGUUGCCUAAAGAAGAAACGGCUCAAGAAAAGAGUAAAGCCAGUAUUUAAAUGUCUUACAUCGUGAAACUAUUUGUAACGGAUAGCGGCAAAUACAAUAAAACUGCACAAUGUCUACAUUCGUGUUGCUUCUUGUUCUUCUCGAAAAGUUUCACAAUACAAAGUCUCAACGGUUUCAAAAAUAACAGCAAUUUUCCUCUGUGUCUGAAUUUACCUUUUAGACCUUGCCACGUUUUCUUCCUU